CACACCUGCUGCGUCCCGGGGCAACGGACUGAGAUAGCGGCAGCCUCCAAGCUCAGCACCAGCCGCGGGAGGAGAAUGCAACGAGCGGGUCUGGCCGGGCUGGGCUCCGUGGCCGUGCUCUGGCUGCUAGGUUUGGCUUCCUUGGUGGGGCUGUGGAGCGGACGGAUCGGGGACCCGAGAGCGAUCGAACCGAAGUUCCCGCAGGAGCGAGCCGUCUCGGCGUUCGGCGGCAUCCAAGGAGCGCCGGCAGCGCCAAGCCGUCUCCUCCAGACAAGUCGUCUCCAAGCCGCCCAGAAAACUUUCCGAGCGCUGCUCACGCUACCAGGACAGUCCACGGAGCUCCAGGAGGGGCCGGGGGAAAGCGGGCAGGAGCCGCCGCUUCCUUCGGCUCACCCUCGGCGGGAGAGGCAGGGAGCAAUGGGCGCUGAGGAGCAGUUUCCCUUCUUGCCGGUGCGCGGCGGGGUUUUCUGGAGCCAGACCCUGGAGGCUCAGGUGCCGCCGGGCUUCUCGGCGGAGGAGACCGCCUCGUGGCUGCGGGCGGCCCGGGAGGCCCCCGUUUUGGCCCCCGGGGGGCGGGGGGGCUCNNNCACCCGGCGGGGCCGGUUAUCGGACGGGAGCCGCGCCUGCGUGCGCUACGGCAUCAACCCAGAGCAGAUCCAGGGCGAGGCGCUCUCUUACCACCUGGCUGGACUGCUGGGCAUUCAAGAGCGCCUGCCGCCUCUGGCGCUCUCCCGGGUGGAAGCCCGCGGCGGGCAGUGGGCGGAAGUGCGCGACGAGCUGCGCGGCUCCCAUUGGGCCGAGGGGGCCGUGGUGAGCCUCGCGCGGUGGGUGGACAAUCUGACCGACGUGGUGGCUCCCGCCCCCUGGGGAGCGGGGGCGCCGGCGGCGGGCCGGAGGUUGCAGCCCAUCGGGGCGGGGGAGCUAAGAGGCCUCAGCCAGGCGCAGCUGGUGGAGCUGGUGCAGUGGAGCGACUUGAUUCUCUUCGACUAUCUCACGGCCAACUUCGACCGGCUGGUCAGCAACCUGUUUAGCCUGCAGUGGGACCCGCGCGUCAUGCAUCGGGCCACCAGCAACCUGCACCGGGCCCCCAACGGAGGAUUGGUUUUCCUCGACAACGAGGCCGGCCUGGUGCACGGCUACCGGCUGCUGGCCAUGUGGGACAAGUACAACGAGCCUUUGCUGCGCUCCGUCUGCGUCUUCCGCGAGGCCACCGCCCAGCGAGUGCGGGAGUUGCACCGCCUGCGCAACGCGGCGUCGGAGCUCCUCAGGCUCUACCGGACUCGGGAGCCCCUGGCCGAGAUUCUCGGCUUCCUCUCCGACCAGCAAGCGCAGAUGCUCCAGGAGCGUAUCGACCUUGUCCAUAAGCACAUAUUGCACUGCAAAGCCAAGGCCGCCGCUCCGUGAUCCUCUUGGGCUGGCUAAACUGCCUGGAUUUAUGGGACUCAGAAGAGAUCCGAGAAGGGAGCCUGAAGGGGGUCCUUCCCCCUAUUAAAAGCCCUGUUGAUCAAUAUCCCUAAAGGAAAUCAACGCUGGAACCCACUUGGGGGUUGACAGGAGCGGCUGGGUACAGAAUGUUACUGAGAUUUCACAGAGGAAUAUGGCAAACCCAGCUAAAAAAGAACAUGAUUCAGAGUUUUUUUGUGAUGAGUGAAUAGCUGAUAGCAGAACUAGUUCUUGGCUCUCAGACACUUUGUUCCUGGAAUCUGUCUACAGAAUGUGGUCCUUCUUUAUCUGACACUCCUAGUGUAAGUUCCCAGUUCCUGAAGAAAAAGCGCCUUGCUGCCAGUUUAGCUCGGUAUCAACAGUGACAGCUGGGGGGGGGGGGCUUGGAUAUUUGGAGGGAUGCACCCACAUAGCCUUCUGCACCCUGGGGACAUCCUAGAUGUAUUGAACUACAACUUGCAUCAUGCCCCAGCUGGCAUGUUGGCUGAAGAUGAUAGGAGUUGUAAUCCUACUCAACUGGAGGAUGCCAUAUUAAAGCUGGAUUAAAAUGUCAUAAUUAACAUCUCCCCCUGGUUUGCCAGUAUUAAAUGUAACAAUGACCCUGCUACACCUGAUCUGCACUACUACCUGUUACAAAAAAGGCCAAAAAUAUCUUCCUAGUCUGCAGUUUUUGUCAGAAUUGCUGUGAAGAUGCUGAGAGUAGCUGGGAGUUAAAAGGAUUGCUGAGUUUAAGAGAUGAUUCAUCCCUUGGAUAUAAUCUAUACAUAAAAAUUAGCUUUCUCUGUCCAGUGUGCCAUUUCCCUUACUGGAUGUUAAGAGCUUCUCUUAACAAUUCAAGUUAAAAGAUUCUGUACAAAAGCUAUUGCCAGAGUUUGAAUGGACCACCUCCCUUGUCCUUCCAGCGGGCAUUAAGAGGUACAUGCGUUUCUUUGUCACACCCUUUUUUAAAAAAGAAAACACAUCACACUGUUAAUUUAAUAUUUAGAUACUGUAGCCCCACUUACAGAACUGCUUUUUCUAGUGAAUCUCCGGCCAGCAUGGACAGUGACAAAGUCCACAAUAAGUGUGCAGAAAAGUCACUGUUGUUAACACCUUUUAUCCCUUAAUGGUGAGAAGCAUUUGGCAAAACACUGUGGUUCCACAGCAUUUAUAUGUAACCCACUACUGUACAGUAAAAGGGGGGGGGGAAUUACAGGUUUAUAGUAUUGUUAGUGUAGUAAAUUUUUGAUGCAUUAAUUUGGAGGAGGAAAAAAUCA